AUAGAAGUUUACGUGCGCUGCCAAAUUAGAAGUAAACUCCGUUCUCUUCCAAGACUCUGAGUCUGUGAAUUAGGAGCUAAAACCCAAUCAAUCAGACUACAGUCAAACAAAAGAGUGAGGAGGAAAAAAAAAAUUCCCAAUGUUAGCAAAAAGAUUUAUCUUCCUCAUCUUCUCUUCAAUCCUUCAUCUCUUCACAAUCUACUGGUUUUCGCCUUUCUCUUACUUAUCAUUAGCAAUUCUUGCAAGAAAUCUUCCAUUCAUUUACCACAACAGGGACUGCGCCGGCUUUUCAAACUCCAGGGAGAGAUGGUGCAUGUGGAAGCACAGGCUGUACAGCAUGUGGCCCGCAGUUGACGAGAAUGACAUGGUGGUGUUGACAGACCAAAACUUUAGUGAUUUCGUUGCUAGAAAUGAGUACGUAAUGAUGAAUUUCUAUAUGCAUAAUUGCAAAUGGUGUCGGAAAUUGGCACCGGAAUAUGCUGCGGCGGCUACUAUGUUGAAGGGUAAGGCCGUUCUUGCAAAAAUCGAUCCUAAAGAAACAAAGUUGGCCAUCAAAUUCAAGGUUAGUCAGUGGCCCACUUUGUAUUUAUUGAUUGGUGGUGGAGCUCACAAGGUUCUCUAUGACUCCUAAGAACGAACCAGGGACGCUAUUGCUAAUUGGGUGAAUCAGAUAAUGGAUCAGAUAAUGAACAUCACUGUUCAAAAUGUGACUACAAUUGAGGAGGCAGAAAGUAUACUAUUACAAGCAAAAUCUAUGACAAUUUUGGGACUGCUAGACUCUUUAGAGGGUAAAGAUAGUGAGGAGCUUUCUGCUGUCUCAAAACUGCAUAUUGAUGUCAGCUUUUAUCAAACUGCCAACGUUGAUGCUGCCAACUUGUUCUACCAGAAAAUCAAACGCCCUACUCUGGUCUUGGUGAAAAGGGAGGGUCUAACUCCUAUCUACUUUGGCUAUGAAGGUCAAUUCACCAGAUUGGCUAUGGGUGAUUUUAUAUCUAAGCGUAAGCUUCCUUCUGUUAUCCCUUACACAGUUGACAAUGCUCAAAGAAUUUAUAACAAUCGUAUGAAGCAGUUGUGGCUUUUUGCUCCCGAAGGAUCAUGGGAUGUUAUAUCCAUAUUUGAAGAGGCAGAAAAGUCAUUCAAAGGAAAGCUUCUCUUCGUUCAUGUGGAAACUAGCCAUAAAGAUUCUUAUAUAAGAAAUCUUUGUCAUCAACUUGGCAUCAUUGAAGGUUCUCCAACAGUCGUAGCUUUUCACAAAGCAGAUAAGGAUAUAAAAAACUAUAAAUAUGAUGGUGAAUUGACCUUAAGUGGUAUCAAGUCAUUUGCAGAGGAUUUUCUUGAAGAAAAGUUUCUGAGCAAAUUAGAACCAGCUAUGAAUUCAUCAGCUGCCUGACUUCUAUCACACUCUCGUGCCUCUAAUCCAAGUUCCAUUCCUGAUGCAUAUUAUAUUUGUCAAUAGUCAUAAAGACCAAAAAUAAUUAGCAGUAGCCAUGGAUGAACUUGAUAUGUAAGUUGAUUAAACUCUGAUUAUAUAAUUGUUUUCUAAAAUAUGAUUAUAACUAAUGGUGUAUAUAUAUUGUUUUCUACGUAGCAUUGGUAUUAGAGUUUGGAAAACUAACUAAUA